GUAUACAUAAGGUGUCAUCUUUUGUGGUGCUGGACGUCUGCAGCUUGAUUUCGCAUUUCCAUCGUUCAAUACGUGGGUUGGGAGAAGCAACAGUUCCAGAAGCCAUCAUGAGUCUUCCACGCCAAAUUGUGAAAAUCUCCGAGGUUCAAGACGCUUUGUCUGAUAUCCUAGAUGCCACGGCAACACGAAAAAACAAACACAGGCUUGAUGGCAGAGCUUGGAACGGCUAUUGCAGGGUUAAGCAGCGAGCUGACCAGCUUUCCCAGGUCGAGGAGUUCACUGAAGAAGCGGGAACCACCGCGGCUGCUUGGAUCCUUGCUAUCGAAGUGGCCAAAUCCAAACCUUUGGAUCGGGAGGACCCUACGUGGUUGGUUUUAUCGUCCUUGGCUGUCAUUAUUGUUGCUUCGCGGAAGCAGGCACUACUGACCCAUGACCCAUGCCAUGAUCAAGCUCGAACGAAGCAGUUUUGGGACAUCCUCAAGGCCGCCUUGGCUUCACAAACCUCUCUCUACGGCCUCGAAAGAGCGAUGUGGCCCCACCAAGCAAUUGAUGUUCCAAAUCACGGAAAACAGACACUAUAAGGUCAAAUUGGCCUGACAGCUUGGUCUUCUACCGUAAGGAUGGCGGGAUAUUGGGGAGAGAAGACUUAUCGCCGUCAACCACGCGAUUGCGCGAGAGCAUCGAGUUCCCAACAGGAACAAAUCGCAGACGAGGUAUUAGGGGCAGCCACGGCGAACGUGAAGAAUGGAAAACGGCGUCGUACGAACAUGCACAAGGCGGAAGCUCUCUUGGUGAGCAAGUGUGGUGGUUUUGACUAGCUGGUAUAUUUGUUCAAUGAAAGCGAG